GAUGCAGGUACGGUAACUACCUAGGUACAGUACAUCUUUGUUCAAAGUCUACAAACGCGUCGCCACAAUUUUCUGGAUAUCAAAUCCCCAACUCGAUCACCGGCGCAUCCAGCGAUUCUGAUUCCGCACCCAACACUAGACCACAUUUACCGUCAUACCGUCCGCGACCUCUUUCAAAAAGUGUCCCGCAUCGCACCAGACCAAACACCACCAUACAAUCGUCCACUGCUUCCAGCUCGAUAUCUCCCAGAUCCUUCUUACCUACCUGUCCUUCGCCUAGUCUAAACAUGUCUGCAGCGGCCUCACCGGCUCCGAGCGAGGAGCAGACCAAGCGAAGCGAAGUAUCAUACAGAUUUUGUCAAGAGUGUUCGAACCUGCUCUACCCCAAAGAAGAUAAAGCGACCUCCACCCUGCUGUACAUCUGCAAGGCUUGCCAUGCAAUGACAACACAUGAUUCCGCAUGCACAUAUCGUCAACAACUCGGCGCCACUGUGCAAGAGACGGCUGGAGUCACAACAGAUGUUGCAAAUGAUCCAACUCUUCCUCGAACCAGUCAAAGAUGUCCGAGAUGUAGGGAAACGGAUGCAGUUUAUUUCCAGUCGCAACAGCGCGGUGCGGACACGGGAAUGAAACUCUACUACGUGUGCACGGCCUGCAAUCAUGUCUAUACCGUCGUUUGAGCAUGGCGUUGGUGGUUAUGAGGGUUUCACGUAUGGGCUGGGUUUUGGGAAAAGAGAUCAUUGCAUGGAGUUACAGAUACCCAGCAUCAGACGGUUCUCAAUGGAGCAGGUAUUCGUGAGAACACUUAGCGUAGCGAAA